ACUGUACCUUCUUGUAGCAAACGUUUACAUAAUCAUAAUCUGUAGAGUCAGCUGCAACAAUUUGAUUACUUACACAGAACCUAAAUCUACCUUGAGUUGAAUUGGUAUGCUUUUUUUAUCUGAAAAAAAAAUCAUAUACAAGUUCUAGAGGGCUGUGUUUGAGUGUAAUAAAAACUGACUUUAAAAAUUAAUAAAUAAUGUGAAAUUGUUAUGUUACAUAUAGGCCAGAUACUAAUAAUGUAGUAUGUGUGAUGGUGAAUAGGGCACACAAAAAAUAAUUCAUCCUACUGGUCCUUUUUCUAUUAAAAUUGAACAAAUUUCUGUGAGGAAGAUACCCUAGACAUACGGUACUUUUCCAUGCAUGAGUUGAUCAUUGGCUAAACUAUUGAGAAUGCCCUUCAGUUAAGUUAUCAGCUAAAUAACCUUUGGAUCUUAAACUCAUCAGCUGAGGAUAGUGCACUGUUACACACCGAUCAUUCCAAUUAUACAGAGACACUCAUUAGCAAUAGCAUAAACGGUUGCAGUGCCAAACCUAGAAAGUUCACGUACCAUUUCCUCUGGAGCACAUUACUAUCAAGAGUUAUGGAGAAGAUGCUUGUGAAUGUAAAGAAAUGGGUAGAAGAAAACAGAGAUGCUUUUCUGCCUCCAGUAUGCAAUAAGCUUAUGCAUUGCCAACAGCUCAAUAUAAUGUUCGUUGGUGGGCCAAACCAAAGGAAAGAUUACCAUAUUGAAGAAGGAGAAGAGUUGUUUUACCAGCUGCAGGGAGACAUGUGCCUGAAGAUAAUAGAAAAUGGAAAACACAAGGAUGUCCACAUUAAAGAAGGAGAGAUGUUUCUUUUACCAGCCAGGAUUCCACAUUCUCCACAAAGGUAUGCAAACACUGUGGGACUGGUUAUUGAAAGGAGAAGAUUAAAAACAGAAAUGGAUGGACUCAGAUACUAUGUUGGAGAAUCAACAGAUGUCCUUUUUGAAAGAUGGUUUUACUGUGAGGAUCUUGGUAUACAACUUAUCCCAAUAAUUCAAGAAUUUUUCAGUUCAGUGCAGUAUCAAACUGGAAAACCCAAUCCAGAUGAAAUCUUAAGAGCGAUUCCUUUCCCACUAAAUGAUAUCACAGUCAUGGAUCCCUUUUCUUUGCAAGGCUGGCUGCAUGAUUACCAAGAAGAUAUAGCCCAGAAAAAAUCCUUGAGUCUUUUUGGAGACAACUUUGAAACGGAGGUUAUAAUAUUUGGACCAGGAAUAACUGAAGGAGGAGGAAAGAAUGCAGAUAUAUGGAUAUGGCAGAUGGAAGGUAUAUCUUUUGUUACUACUGAUAGUAAAAUCCUGACCUUAAGGACUGGAGACAGCCUUCUUGUCCCAGUGCAGACUAAGUUUCACUGGAAGAGAGAUGAAGGAUCCAUUGCUCUUUCUGUUGUUCAGAAUCCGGCGAGGAAAAGACCCUAUGUCUGAGUUUUGUAUCCAUAUCCUGCUGUCAAAAAUUAUUAAUACAAUUCUACUUUUUAAAUUUAAAAAGUGUCAAUUUUAUGCUUGUUUUUAGAACUUUGGAAAUAUGAUGUGAAUGUAUUUCCUGGAACUGAGCACACCUUGAGCUAUGUGUGUGUAGGAAAGCUGCCUCAUUUAAAAGGCAUCAUGUACAUUACUAUGUCAGGACAUAAAUGUGAAUAAUUAGUAGAUAUGAGGGUUGUAUAUUAUGCAUAGGACCAGAUGUUCAUUACCAAUAUCAGCAUCUCAGUAUAAGCAGGAAGGAGUGUCAGUAUGCCUAUAUCUCACUUCUGGACUCCUCACUGAUGUGUGGUUGGUUACUAAACUGUGGGGUCUGGUCCAUCAGAGCCUUUAUUAGGUUCUUCUCCUGGCUUUCACAUCUGCUUGCAUCUAGAACUUUUGCUUUGCAGAUCAGACAAGCUUUUAAAAACAUGCCCAGUCCACAGUGAAACUCUUAAUCACACAGGGGCAUAAGCAGGAGAAUAUUAUCAGUACUGGUAGUAUUUGUCAUAUUUAGACCUUGGAAAGAAGUGGGAAAUUCAAACCAAUCAAAGAAAGUACCUCUUUGAAUAACUGACUGAAUAAUGAAAAGUGCUGUUCUGAGAUACAUUGAUGGCCACCUACUUGGGUGGCUAUAAAUGGGGAUUGGAUUCAUUCAUGCAGGAUUAGUGUAUCCUGAUGGUCGUGUGUUAUCUCCAAUAUUAGAAGCAGCAGGUUUCUCAAGUGCAAUUAAGGUGUGUUCUUUCAUAUGGUUUUGAUAGGCAGUACAUAGGCUGCCACCAGAGAACAGAAUGUUGAGGUGUUUCUUGACAGGGCAAGACAUUUUGCAUUCAUAAAAUAAGAUCAAUUGAACUUGAAAAACUCAAGAUGCAGUACAGUCAUCUUAAUGACUCUCCUAAUAAGUCUCUGCUAGCAUUUGGGAGCACAAAAUAGAGAUAAAACUCCAUAACCAACAGCAUCUUCUUCCUCUGGUCCCGGGUCAAAGGGAGAUAUACUUGGGCACUGCCCAGAGCCAUCCAUCUACAAAGGCCUCUCCUCAGAGGAUCCUGGUUUUGUUGAAACCAUUUCCAGUUUUAUGAAGAGCAUGUGAGCAAUAACACAAUCUAGGAGCCAAAACAGCAUCCUUCAUUUGCUAUGUGCUGUAUUUCAUAACAAUUGUUCAAACUGAACCCAGAGGAAUAAGAAGCCAAGGCAUCUUUCCAGGAUGGUUCUAUCCCUAUUUACCUCCAAUAGCUUACAUUCUCAGUAUUAUAUUGUAACUCAGAGUGUUACAGGAGAAUUGGGAAAUAAAUGCAUUUGGUACAAAAUGGUCAUAAUUUGCCAACACUUGGCAAUGAGGCUGGGUGUUAAAAACUAGUUGCUCAAGGACAUGUAAUUGGAAGGAGUCAGAAGUGGAGGGACAGAAUAGUCAGAAUAAAUGUCAAGAAUCCAUGGGAAAAGCCAAGGGGCUUCAUAGUAGACAGCACAAAGCCUGCUAGGAAUUCAGAACUGAGUACCUUUUGAAGGGAGGAGACUUCUUUUCCUAAGGAACUGAGAAAAAAGCUGGGUGCUAGGAAACAGUACACAAAGACUCCAAGGGGUGUGCAUGUAUGUUAAAAAAAAUCAAGAUGGCAGUUACAACUGCAUGGUUGAAGCCCCACCCCUUUGGGUGUCAUACAUGAGCAAUGCACAUUAAAAAGGGGAAGGGUUUUAAUCAGAUAGUCAUGGUUGCCAUCUUGAUUUUUUAACCACCCCCAAGGACAUCCCUGUUGUGGAGCUAAGGGUGUAAGGCAUUUUCUUGGACACAGAUGAGUAUCCAGGGGAAAAGGCAGAGAAGCAGAAGAAGGCUAACCUGAAAGUCAUGGGUAGGAAAAGGAGGGGGGGAAACAGGGCAUGAUUAGCCUAUAGCAAAGAAACAGCCUAAGGAGAUAAAGGGAUAGGAGACAUAUCUUUAAAGUAAGAGAAAGAUUUCUUGAGAGCAAGGGAGAAAAGAGACAGAAGUUUCAAGUUAAGAGAUCAAUAGAAAGGCUGCUCAUAAGUUAGGGCUAAAAGAGGAAAACAGGAGGCUACAACUCAGUGGUUACAAGUGGAGGAGACCUAUUGAUGGUACCAUGGGUUUGGUUCAGUUGGUAGACUCAGCAAGUGAGAAGUUUCAACACCCAGUGUGUGUUGCCUGGGGGUUGACACUGUUUGCAGAGCCAAAAGGAGGAGAAAGAAGAAACUGAGCCAACAAAGAGGAGGCUUAGAAGAAAACAAGCAGUCAAGAGUGAGACUACUCCAUGAGAUUCACAGCAUGUUUAAAAUAAACUACCUCUCCAUGGGCAUGAGAAAGAGAAACUGCCAUCACUGAGCAAGCCUCUCAAGAGCAAGAGAUUCACUGCCAUCAAGUUCAAUAGCUUAAUGUUAUUAAUAUUAUCAUUGUACCUGU